AUGCCUUAUGGAAAAAUAAAGCCAUUCAUCAAAAAGCUCUAUGACAUACUGGGAAGUGCUGAGUUUUCAGAGAUAAUCCAGUGGAAUUCAAACGACUCCUUCAUUAUUCAUGAUCGUGAAAAGUUCUGUGAAGAGAUCCUUAGAAAGUUUUUUAAAACUUCAAGCUUCGACAGCUUUACAAGACAGCUUAAUAAGUAUGACUUCAGAAAGCAGAGAAACCAGGAUAUUUUCUGGAACAAUGAUUUUACUAAAAACAAUUACGACAGGCUGAACAAGAUAGUGGUUAAAGAGAGCUAUCACACGCUGAGGCAGAUUAGAGAUAAUGGACUGGGACUGUCUCUUUUUAAUUGCAAGGUUGUUAAGAUUCUGACCAAAAUUGCUGAUAUGCUCGAAAAUAUAGCAAAAAACCAAAAGACAACAAAAAAAGUGCCAAAGAUACUGAUUUUCGAAGACUUUGAUCCCUCAGAAAUGGUUGAGAUGCUUCAAUGUAGAGGAGCCAAGGCUGAUGUUGUAUUCUUUUAUAACGACUUCGAGGUGAAAAUCAACAGCAUCGAGUAUGAUUAUCUUGUUAUUGAUUCAGAGCUAUUUGAAAUAUUUAAUAAAAUUUCGAAUGUGGACAGCUAUAGGUCGAAGACAAAGGUCAUUUGCACAUCGAAGUUUUCUCCUGGAAAGUUUUCUUCAGACACUAUGGGAAAUUGUAUUUACAAGCUGCUGAGAAAGCCAUAUGACGGAUAUCAGCUUUGUUCACUAAUUAAAUAA